GCAACGGUUUGUUAAGUUCAAUAUUUAUAUUUGCGAAUCAGCGAAACCGUCCAAUCAAUCAAUAAUAUAAACUCGCACCAAAGUCUACGCCAAGUACUCGAUCGUAAUAUCGAACAAUGAACCCGCCACCGCCCGUACACAUCCAACUCUCCUCCCCGGGCUUUCCGCCAGCCACCACGAUCACCCCAACACCUGAUGGGACCCACCGCAAGGUCGCGAUCGCCGUUGAUUUAAGCGAGGAGAGCGCCUUCGCCGUCCGAUGGGCCGUCCAGAACUACCUCCGACCCGGGGACACCGUCAUCCUCCUCCACGUUCGACCCACCAGCGUGCUCUACGGCGCCGACUGGGGAUCCGUUGACCCCAACGACGCCGUCUCCUCCUCUGAGUCGCAGCAGAAAUUGGAGGACGACUUCGACGCCUUCACCACCACCAAGGCGGCCGACCUGGCGCAGCCGUUAGUGGAGGCGCAAUUUCCGUUCAAAAUCCACAUAGUGAAGGACCACGACAUGAAGGAGCGGCUCUGCUUGGAAGUCGAGAGGCUCCGGCUCAGCGUCGUCAUCAUGGGCAGCCGCGGCUUCGGCGCCGCCAAGCGAGCCUCCAAGGUCGGCAGGCUCGGCAGCGUCACUGACUACUGUGUUCACCACUGUGUUUGUCCAGUUGUGGUCGUGAGGUAUCCUGAUGACUCGGACGGGUUGGGCCCUGGCGGCGAACCCGAUAUCCCGGUGGAGCUCCACCCGGUGCCGGAGGAGGAUCAGGAGGACUUCAAUGAAGGCUCCUCCGACGACAACGAUGAUGCGCAUGAAAUCAAAUAAAUUGAAGGUUGGAGGGCUUACGCAGCGAAUUUAAAUGGGUUUAUGGCUACUCUUGUAAUUUCGAUUGUUUUUCACUUUGCAUUUUCUCUUUGUCAAACCGUGAAAACUGGUGGUGAAUUGAAUGUGUGUCUCAGUCUGUAUAAUCACAUGCAUGUUUGAUUUUAUAGCUUUA